GGUAAGUGUAAAUUUUCGUGGCGUCUCUCUGCACUAAAAUCUUUGGAACGAAAAGACGCUAUAAUCGCAUUUUGUCGCUGGAAAGUGCACUUUUUUCAGCGGGAAACUGCAGACUGAAAAGCAGCAAUGAGCUUCUUCGGUUUUGGUCAAAGUGCGGACAUCGAUAUAGUUCUGAAUGACGCCGAAAACAGAAAGAAAGUGGAGCAUAAAAGCGAAGACGGCAGGAAGGACAGAUAUUUUCUUUUCUACGACGGGGAAACGGUGUCGGGAAAAAUCAACGUGACGCUGAAGUAUCCUGGAAAGAGGCUGGAACACAACGGCAUUAAAGUGGAGUUUGUGGGGCAGAUCGAGCUGUACUACGACAGAGGAAACCACCACGAGUUUGUGUCCCUUGUGAAAGACUUGGCUCGGCCAGGAGAGCUCACGCAGUCACAGACAUUCGACUUUGAGUUCACACAUGUGGAGAAACCCUACGAGUCUUACACUGGGCAGAAUGUGAAAUUACGCUAUUUUUUGAGGGCGACAGUAUGCCGACGACUGAAUGACAUCACCAAAGAGAUGGACAUUGUAGUUCACACACUGAGCACCUACCCUGAGCUCAACUCCUCCAUCAAGAUGGAAGUGGGGAUCGAGGACUGUCUACACAUAGAGUUUGAGUACAAUAAGUCCAAGUAUCAUCUAAAAGAUGUAAUUGUAGGGAAGAUUUACUUUCUGCUGGUGAGGAUUAAGAUCAAAUACAUGGAAAUUGACAUUAUUAAGCGAGAGACAACUGGCACAGGGCCAAAUGUUUACCAUGAGAACGACACCAUGGCAAAGUAUGAAAUCAUGGACGGGGCACCAGUCAGAGGAGAGUCCAUCCCCAUCAGGCUGUUUCUGGCAGGCUAUGAGAUGACGCCCACAAUGAGGGACAUUAACAAGAAGUUCUCAGUGCGCUACUACCUCAACUUGGUCCUCAUAGACGAGGAGGAAAGACGAUAUUUCAAACAACAGGAGAUCACUCUCUGGAGGAAAGGUGACAUAGUGAGGAAGAGUAUGUCACAUCAAGCAGCCAUCGCCUCUCAGCGCUUUGAAGGUUCUUCCAGUGUAGAGAAAUCCAAAACGCAGGCUGAGGAAGAUGACAGCUAAACUCCAGCAUGUACUUCGCCCUCCUGUUGUGAGUGCGUUUGUCUGCGUUUUAAUUAAACGGUGCGAAAAUCGCCAGCCAAUUCUGAAUGUUAACAUUUGCAUCGAGAGAGAAGACGCUAAAGAGUUUUUCAGGAUGUGUGAGUGAGGGAAGGUGUGUUUUAAGCAGAAUGUGUGUCACGGGAACAGUCAGGCUUAGUGUGCAUUUUAAGCUCCACUCAGUAACACGAGGGUGGAGAUGAACUCAUCUACUGGUUAUUACACAGUGUCAGCAAAUUUUUCAACAACAG